AACAUUUACUUUACUCCAUUACUCGCCGUCACCAUCAGACGGCGACGGCGGCAGAAGUCUCAGGCCGAAUUUACCAUAUUACCCCUAUAUUUCUCCCUUUUUUUCACAAAACCGUUGAAUUGAACCUCACUUGGUCUCUUACUUGUUGUUUACGCGAUCAUCACAUAACUCUUCAUCUCCAAGUUAUUCCAACUAUCCCCUUUCUUCUGCAAAUUCGAUUUCACAAUUUCAUCAAUCAUCAUCACCGGCAUAUGGCUGCCUUCAUUGAUUCAUGAUCGAUGAAGUUCCACAGUAUUAAUAAGUAUCUUCAGGGGUUACAUGAUGAGAUGCGACAGUAAUCGACACUUUUAUCCGUUAACAAGCUUCCAGAUAGGGGAUUUGCAGUCUUAUCUUUCGGAUCUUAGCCUUUUCUUGGCCCCCGAUAGCAAAGAGUUCUACGUAUUAGUGGAUAACAGGCCAUGGUUGGAAGCUCUGCCCUCACGGCCCGCACACUUAUGGCAGUUAAUGGUUACCAAGUCAAGGAUGUCCCCUUUUGCAAACACACGGGGGCAAGGGCGAAAAGGGAAGAAAGAUACCACAGUGUUUAUUGAACAGGAAGCCGGAUCUAAAUCAUCAAACCACUCGAAAAACUUGAAAAAAUGGUUCUCAGUGAUUAAUGCCGCAACACUAUCAAAAAAGAGGGCUUUGUUACCUGUUAAAAAGCUCAGGAGUUCCUUGCUUGCCAAUAGUAAGUUGCAUAGAACUUUGUUUGGGUUUAUCGUGUUUCAAGUGGCGUGGAAAGAUGUUCGUGGUAUCAAUUACGUAAAUGAGCUUCAGACCGACACAUCUCUUGCUAUAGAGGCUAAAUACAUGAAAAGAUGGGAAUUUGAUAGCAUAAAUCAAGCGGUUAAAUGCAUAAAUACAUGGUUUCCGGGGACACCGCAUGAACAAGAUCUAUUGGAAGAGCAUCUCAACUCCAUGCUAGGAGACGAAUUCCAUGAUGCAUCCAGUGAAUUUCCAGACAGCCACAGUACAAACGAUAAUGAAAAAAUCUCGAAUGCUAGUGCGAGUGGGCCCGACGGAUCUCCCCGCACACCGCGGUGCAAUCUUAGUGAAAAAAUAGAAAUAGAAACUUCAUUCAAUCAAACAAGUAUACCACAUACGCCCCCUCCCGAUGGACCCUAUAAAAGACGGAAACUAAUGUCUCCUAUAGGAAUUAACAUGAAUUCAAGUUUUUAUACCGAAAUUACCAAUGGCGAAAGCGUUUGCACACCAAUGGCCUCAUCUUACUCAAAUGAUUGCGAAGAAACAACUGAACCUAUGGAGUACAAGGAUGCGUUACUUAUGUUUCGGUUCAACGAUCAUGACCUCCCGUUUGAAUUACAAAAAAUCAUAUUAUCUGAUAUACGAUUACUCACUCUAUUAGAAGCGGGACUUCCAUCCUGGGUAAUUUUCUGUCAAUCGUAUCCCGUAUUUUGUCAUAUUUACCGCCCAUGGAUGUGCCCUUUAGCUCGGGCUCUAUACGUAGCAAUUUCCAUUGUUACGGUCGUUAUCGGUUUCUACGAUUUGUACAAAAACGUUCCCGUGCUAAAAGCUACCGCCUCCCGGUUAUGUGGGCCCCUUUUCGAUUGGAUAGAAACAUGGGAGAUGGUGUCGAGAAUUAAAUAUUUGGGUACUAUGUUGUUUCUGCAUAACUCUGAGAAGGCAGUUAUGUGGUUCUUGAUGAUGACACGUACCGUUCGGUCUUUUGUUUCGAUUGUCACACAACCGUUAAAGGGCCCGUUUUCGGAUUUUAUUGAGGUUAUAUUUCCGGUUUGGACGUUGUUAAUCCAAACGGGCCAAUAUUUAUUCUCGUUUGUUUGGGUUUUGAUGGAAAGUUCUUGGGACGUAUUGGAGGAUCUAAUUGAAGUCGUAUUAAUGCCUGUGUGGUUCAUCUCUUCGGUUAUUUGGAUUAUUGUAUCGACUGUUAUGUACCCAAUAUUUUGGUGCAUUUGGGGAAUGCUCUAUGCUCCAGUUAGUCUCAUUCUUGGUCUAUCCAAUUUCGUGGGAUAUGUUUAUAACGAAACAUAUGAUUUAGCUCGAGACAUAUGGCUUGUUGCAAGUGGGUUCUUCAAGUUGGCUUCAAACGCUGAGUCAGCAGUCAACACGUAUGAGGUUUCUAUUUGGCGGUCUCUCUGGAAUGAUCUAUUUUCUCAGGUUUUUCGUGCUGUUCGGAGUAUUUUAAACGGAUUUGUGGCAUUUUUUACAGCUUGCAACAGACAUCGAUUAAGCAUAUAUAAUCAUUCACAGGAACUCAUUAGAACGAUUAAUCAUCCAGCCCAGAGGCCAGUGCCCUCGAAUUCUAGCCACCGAUCACAUGGAUCUGGAAAUCAAACGCGGGGAGAGGCUGAAGAAAGAAAGGUGACGCCACCUAGGAGAAACUUAAAACAGAGUUGAUAUUCACUAAUUAGUUAUAACUGCUGGCCCAUAAUUGUAUAGAACUACCAUUAUCUAUGUUAUGUUAAUAGCGUUAGGUAAUUUUGUAUAGAUGUAUAUUUGAACGUAUUUAGUAGGUUGAGGUGUUCCUAAACCGUUGAAACAGACUGAGCCGGUCCAACUGAAACAACUCAGUUGGUAGACUGCUCAGUUGGUUGGUUUAGCCGGUUUGAGAUUUAUAUGGCUUGGUUCACAUCUUGGUUUUGGCGGUUUGUAACUUGAAAGUGGGAAAGUGGCCGCGCAAAACCGGGCUGCCAGUUUUGUUAAUAUGCAACUAUACCAUAUUUAUCAUUUUAAA